CAGCGGAGCCAACAAGAAGCAUCGCUGUCAUCCCUUCGGACCUUGGAGGGUUACACUUACCCACAACUUAUUUUCAAAUGGGCCCCGUCGCCCAGGGUUUACUCCCACAGCCUCGCCGACUGAGUUGAAUUGGGUGCUCCGGAAAAUCAAGCACGUUUGGGUCCCUAAAAAGGUUUCCAUCAAGCACAGCAUACAGGGACCAACUACAGUAGAAUGGCAUCCAUUCCAGCAGGCGGUUCUCUCGUGGCGACCACUGACUACUACCGCAGGCGCAUCGGUUCUACAUCCAGUAGCAGCUCUUGUGGCAGUUCGGAGUACAGUGGCGAGGUCAUCCCUCACCAUCCAGGACUCCCCAAGCAGGACUCUGGACAUUGGUGGUCCAGUUUCUUCUUUGGGAAGCAGCCAGGGAUGACCCCACUGACUGAGGAGGCACAGCAGAAGGCGGGGGUCCAAGGUGCAGUGACAAAUGGUCAGAUCACGUGCGUUGCCAAGGAGAUGGUGAUGCAACGCCAGGUGAGUGAGAGCAGCGACACAGGAAGCCCCACAUCCUCCUGAUCCUGCAGUCUCACUCUGAUCCACGUCGCACCUCAGACGGGGGAUUGAACCAACGACCAACGCUAGGUGACGGGAGGAUGUCCUGUUUACAACCAUAUUAGUUCAAAAAAAUAUUAUUUGUUGUAGUUCUAGGGCUGCCAUACUUGUUUUUGUUUCAGUAACCUUGUUUUUUUAUGGAAGAAAAAGAAUUUAAAAUAAAUACAAAAAACAUAAUGAAGAUGCAACUGAUAAACUCCUUUUGUGUUUGUUUUUUUAACAUUUGUACUGUUUUUGUAAUACUGUGUUGCAUUCACACUGGUGGAUACACAUAAACAUGUUUCUCUUUUGUCACCCUGUGAUUGCAAAUGCAAUAAAGUAGACUCUUGCAGCCUAAUGUUC